UCCCUCAAUAGGGCUCACAGGAGCCACCAUCAUGGUGAAGAGGAAAAGCUCCGAAGGCCAGGAGCAGGACAGCGGCCGAGGCAUCCCCCUCCCCAUCCAGACCUUCCUUUGGAGGCAAACCAGUGCCUUUUUGAGGCCCAAACUGGGAAAACAAUAUGAAGCCUCCUGUGUGUCCUUUGAACGAGUUUUGGUAGAAAACAAGCUUCAUGGCCUCUCUCCAGCCCUUUCUGAAGCCAUCCAGAGCAUUUCCCGCUGGGAGUUGGUCCAAGCUGCAUUGCCUCAUGUUCUGCACUGCACUGCAACACUGCUUUCCAACAGGAAUAAACUGGGUCAUCAGGAUAAACUAGGUGUUGCAGAAACCAAGCUCCUUCACACCCUGCACUGGAUGCUGCUUGAGGCCCCCCAGGAUUGCAACAGUGAUCGGUUUGGGGGAGGUGACAGAGGCUCCAGCUGGGGUGGUGGCAGCAGUGCCUUCAUCCAUCAAGUCGAGAACCAAGGAUCACCAGCCCACCCUCGGAGAGGCAGCUCCCAUGAAGAAGAAGAGAAUAGUCGUAGGAAAUUCUUCCAGAACUCCAUGGCUACUGUAGAACUCUUUGUGUUCCUAUUUGCUCCUCUGGUACACCGGAUCAAGGAAUCCGACCUAACUUUUCGAUUGGCUAGUGGUCUUGUUAUCUGGCAGCCAAUGUGGGAGCACAGACAACCUGAAGUCUCUGCCUUUACAGCUCUGGUGAAACCUAUCCGGAACAUCAUUACAGCCAAGAGAAGUUCUCCAAUCAAUAAUCAGAGUCAAGCCUGUGAGUCACCAAAUCAGGGAACAGGCCACUCAGAGGGUCUGCAGGUGGUGGGUGAAUCAUUCCAAUCAGAUUCCAUCUUACCCAAGGCUACCAUUUCUGGCUGUCAUCGGGGAAAUUCCUUUGAUGGAAGUGUGUCCUCACAAGCAUCCCUAGACAGAGGACCUGCCCAUUCUAGAGCUUCUCUAGUGAUACCUCCUUGCCAACGAUCCCGCUAUGCCACCUACUUUGAUGUUGCGGUACUACGCUGCCUACUCCAGCCCCAUUGGUCAGAGGAAGGCACUCAGUGGUCCCUGAUGUAUUAUCUGCAGAGAUUAAGACACAUGUUAGAAGAGAAACCAGAAAAGUCUCCAGAGCCAGAGAUUCUGCAUCUGCCCAGACCCCGCAGCAGUUCCAUGGUGGCAGCAACUCCCUCACUCGUGAACACUCAUAAAACCCAAGAUCUUACCAUGAAGUGUAAUGAGGAGGAAAAAUCUCUAAGUACAGAGGCCUUUUCUAAAAUGUCUUUGACCAACUUGCGCAGAUCUGCAGUUCCAGAUCUCUCUUCAGACUUGGGCAUGAACAUUUUUAAGAAGUUUAAAAGUCGCAAGGAAGAUCGAGAACGAGAACGCAAAGGUUCUAUCCCAUUUCACCACACGGGGAAGAGAAGACAGCGUCGAAUGGGAGUGCCUUUCCUGCUCCAUGAAGAUCACCUGGAUGUGUCUCCCACACGCAGCACCUUCUCAUUUGGGAGCUUUUCUGGUCUUGGAGAAGACAGACGUGGUAUUGAAAAAGGCGGCUGGCAAACCACCAUAUUAGGCAAAUUCACCAGACGGGGAAGUUCCGAUGCAGCCACUGAAAUGGAAAGUCUGAGUGCUAGGCACUCCCAUUCCCAUCAUACUCUGGUCAGUGAUUUACCAGAUCACUCAAACAGUCAUGGAGAGAAUACUGUCAAAGAAGUGCGAUCGCAGAUCUCCACCAUCACAGUGGCUACCUUCAACACAACCCUAGCAUCAUUCAAUGUGGGCUAUGCAGACUUUUUCAGCGAGCACAUGAGGAAGCUAUGCAACCAGGUGCCUAUUCCAGAAAUGCCCCACGAACCUCUGGCAUGUGCUAAUCUGCCCCGAAGUCUAACUGACUCCUGCAUCAAUUACAGCUAUUUAGAGGAUACUGAACAUAUUGAUGGGACCAAUAAUUUUGUUCACAAGAAUGGCAUGCUGGAUCUUUCGGUGAUUCUGAAGGCUGUUUAUCUUGUCCUAAACCAUGACAUCAGCUCUCGCAUCUGUGAUGUGGCACUGAACAUUGUUGAAUGCCUACUCCAGCUUGGUGUGGUCCCCUGUGUAGAAAAGAACAGAAAGAAAAGUGAGAACAAGGAAAAUGAGACUUCAGAAAAGAGGCCAAGUGAAGGAAAUUUUCAGCUCAAGGGACCUUCUGGAAGCACAACCUGUGGAUUUGGUGGUCCCUUGGUUAGUGGAACUGGAGAUGGAGGUGGAGAAGAAGGUGGAGGUGGUGAUGGAGGAGUUGCUGGAGGUGAUGGAGGAGGAGGAGGAGGAGGAAGCGGAGGUGGAGGAGGAGGAGGAGGAGGUGGUGGUGGUGGUGGAGGAGGUGGAGGUGGCCCUUACGAAAAAAAUGAUAAGAAUCAAGAAAAGGAUGAAAGCACACCUGUAAGCACCCAUAGGCUUGCUCUAACUAUGCUCAUCAAAAUUGUAAAAUCUUUGGGUUGUGCCUAUGGCUGUGGAGAAGGACACCGAGGGCUCUCUGGGGAUCGUCUGAGACACCAGGUAUUCCGAGAGAAUGCCCAGAACUGCCUCACUAAGCUUUAUAAGCUAGAUAAAAUGCAGUUUCGACAAACCAUGAGGGACUAUGUGAACAAGGAUUCCCUCAAUAACGUAGUGGAUUUCUUGCAUGCUUUACUAGGAUUCUGUAUGGAACCAGUCACUGAUAAUAAGGCUGGGUUUGGGAAUAACUUCACCACAGUGGACAACAAAUCCACAGCCCAGAAUGUAGAAGGUAUUAUUGUCAGUGCUAUGUUUAAAUCCCUCAUCACCCGCUGUGCAUCUACUACGCAUGAACUACACAGCCCUGAAAACCUGGGGCUCUAUUGUGACAUCCGGCAGCUGGUUCAAUUCAUCAAAGAAGCUCAUGGAAAUGUUUUCAGGAGGGUGGCCCUGAGUGCCUUGCUAGACAGUGCAGAAAAGUUAGCCCCAGGGAAAAGAUCAGAAGAGGCGGAGCAGGACUCAAAACCCUCAGGAAGCAAAAGGUCUGAGGCUGGAAUAGACAAAGGCCAGGUAUCAGCAGCUGAUGAGUGUCGCAGCUACAUGUCUGGCCGCCCCUUGCAAACUCCAGAGCAUGAUGAACAAAUGCAAGGGGCAAAUUUAGGACGCAAAGAUUUUUGGCGCAAGAUGUUCAAAUCUCAGAGUGCAGCAAGUGAUACUAGCAGCCAAUCAGAGCAGGACACAUCAGAGUGUACCACUGCUCACUCUGGGACAACCACUGAUAGGCGGUCCCGCUCACGUUCCCGGCGGAUUUCACUCCGAAAGAAACUCAAACUCCCCAUAGGAAACUGGCUAAAGAGGUCAUCUCUCUCGGGCCUAGCGGAUGGUGUAGAAGAUCUCUUGGACAUUAGCUCAGUAGACCGUCUUUCUUUCAUCAGGCAAAGCUCGAAGGUUAAGUUCACCAGUGCAGUAAAACUAUCUGAAGGAGGACCAGGAAGUGGGAUGGAGAAUGGAAGAGAUGAUGAAGAGAAUUUCUUCAAAAGACUUGGUUGCCACAGUUUUGAUGACCAUCUGAGCUCCAACCAGGAGGGAGCAAAAUAUAAGAAUGUAGUGAAUCUUGGAGCAAUUAGACAAGGCAUGAAGAGAUUUCAGUUUCUGUUAAACUGCUGUGAACCAGGUACUAUUCCUGAUGCCUCCAUCCUGGCAGCUGCCCUGGAUCUGGAAGCUCCAGUCGUGGCCAGGGCAGCGCUGUUUCUGGAGUGUGCGCGCUUUGUUCAUCGCUGUAACCGUGGCAACUGGCCUGAGUGGAUGAAGGGACAUCAUGUCAACAUCACGAAGAAAGGCCUUUCCCGAGGCCGGUCACCGAUCGUGGGCAACAAGCGGAACCAAAAGUUACAGUGGAAUGCAGCCAAGCUCUUCUACCAAUGGGGAGAUGCGAUUGGUAUCCGACUGAAUGAACUGUGCCAUGGAGAAAGCGAGAGCCCAGCUAAUCUGUUGGGUCUCAUCUAUGAUGAAGAGACCAAGAGGAAACUGAGAAAAGAGGAUGAGGAGGAAGACUUUUUAGAUGACAGCACUGUGAAUCCCACCAAAUGUGGCUGCCCCUUUGCCCUCAAGAUGGCAGCUUGUCAACUUCUACUAGAGAUCACUACCUUCUUAAGAGAGACCUUCUCCUGCUUGCCCCGCCCACGUACUGAACCUUUGGUGGACCUCGAGAGCUGCCGACUUCGGCUGGAUCCUGAGCUAGACCGGCACAGGUAUGAGAGGAAGAUCAGCUUUGCUGGUAUCCUGGAUGACAACGAAGAUGCAAAAGAUUCUCUCCACAGCAGCAGUCACACUCUCAAGUCUGACACAGGUGUUGAGGAGAAGAAAGUUCCCAGCAGGAAGAUCAGGAUAGGAGGCUCCCGCCUGCUCCAGAUUAAAGGAACCCGCAGUUUCCGGGUGAAGAAGGGGGGUUCCUUAUCCAGUAUUCGCCGGGCCGGCAGCUUAAAGAGUACCAAGCUAUCACGGCAGGACUCAGAGUCUGAGAAUGAGGAGCUGCAGCUGUCCCAGAGCAGGGACACUGUCACUGAUAUAGAAGGCAGUCCCUGGAGUGCAAGUGAGCCAAGCAUUGAGCCUGAGGGUCUGAGCAACACAGGCACUGAAGAAAACUACCACAGGAACAUGUCAUGGCUUCAUGUCAUGAUAUUAUUGUGCAAUCAGCAAAGUUUCAUCUGCACACACAUUGACUAUUGCCACCCUCACUGCUACCUCCACCACAGUCGUUCCUGUGCUCGCUUGGUGCGGGCCAUCAAAUUGCUAUAUGGGGAUACUGUGGAUUCCCUUCGAGAAGACAACACAGUUCAUAAUGUGGCCUUUCGGGGCAAGAAGCAAAAAGAGUGUUCAGAUAAGUCAUGCCUGAGGACACCGUCUCUGAAGAAGAGAGUUACAGAGACUAACCUAGAAGGCAAAAAGGACUCUGGGAUGUUAAAAUACAUCAGACAUCAGGUUAUGAGCCUGUCCCCAGCUCCCUUGUCUCUGCUAAUCAAAGCAGCACCAAUUCUGACCGAAGAGAUGUAUGGAGACAUCCAGCCUGCAGCCUGGGAGCUACUGCUCAGUAUGGAUGAGCACAUGGCCGGAGCUGCAGCUGCCAUGUUCCUGCUAUGUGCAGUAAAAGUCCCAGAGGCUGUAUCUGACAUGCUUAUGUCAGAGUUCCAUCACCCAGAGACUGUGCAACGGCUCAAUGCCAUCCUCAAGUUCCACACGCUCUGGAGAUUCCGCUACCAGGUAUGGCCUCGGAUGGAGGAAGGAGCUCAGCAGAUUUUUAAGAUUCCUCCUCCUAGCAUAAAUUUCACACUGCCCUCACCAGUACUGGGAAUGCCUUCUGUCCCCAUGUUUGACCCCCCAUGGGUACCACAAUGUAGUGGGAGUGUGCAGGACCCAAUUAAUGAAGAUCAGUCGAAAUCUUUUUCUGCCCGAGCCGUAUCACGGUCCCAUCAGAGAGCAGAGCAUAUCCUCAAGAAUUUACAGCAAGAGGAAGAAAAAAAGCGACUUGGUCGAGAAGCCAGCCUCAUUACUGCUAUUCCAAUCACCCAAGAGGCUUGUUAUGAGCCCACUUGCACUCCCAACUCAGAGCAGGAAGAAGAAGAAGAAGUCACUAACCUGGCAUCCCGACGUCUUUCUGUCAGUCCAUCCUGCACAUCAAGUACUUCCCAUAGAAAUUAUUCCUUUCGCCGUGGCUCUGUUUGGUCAGUGCGAUCAGCUGUCAGUGCAGAAGAUGAAGAACACACUACAGAGCACACCCCCAAUCACCAUGUGCCACAGCCUCCUCAGGCAGUAUUUCCAGCAUGCAUCUGUGCUGCAGUACUGCCCAUUGUUCAUUUGAUGGAAGAUGGAGAGGUUCGGGAAGAUGGUGUAGCAGUGAGUGCAGUAGCCCAGCAGGUCCUGUGGAAUUGUCUAAUUGAAGAUCCUUCAACAGUCCUUCGACAUUUCUUAGAAAAACUCACCAUAAGCAACAGACAGGAUGAAUUAAUGUAUAUGUUGAGAAAACUUCUCCUGAAUAUUGGAGACUUUCCAGCUCAGACAUCACAUAUCCUGUUUAACUACCUGGUAGGAUUAAUCAUGUAUUUUGUACGCACACCCUGUGAAUGGGGAAUGGAUGCCAUUUCUGCCACUUUGACUUUCCUUUGGGAAGUAGUAGGGUAUGUGGAAGGUCUCUUCUUCAAAGACCUCAAGCAGACAAUGAAAAAGGAGCAGUGUGAAGUAAAGCUCUUGGUCACAGCCUCCAUGCCAGGUACCAAGACUUUGGUCGUACAUGGGCAGAAUGAAUGCGAUAUCCCAACCCAGUUACCUGUACAUGAAGACACACAAUUUGAAGCUCUUUUGAAGGAGUGUCUAGAGUUUUUUAACAUACCAGAAACUCAAUCAACACACUACUUUCUCAUGGAUAAACGGUGGAACCUUAUCCACUAUAACAAGACCUAUGUGCGUGACAUUUAUCCUUUCCGGAGGUCUGUAUCACCUCAGCUGAAUCUUGUACACAUGCAUCCAGAAAAAGGCCAAGAGCUUAUUCAAAAACAGGUAUUUACCCGGAAGCUUGAGGAAGUAGGACGUGUCUUGUUUCUCAUAUCCCUCACCCAGAAAAUCCCCAUUGCUCACAAACAAUCCCAUGUUUCAAUGCUCCAGGAGGAUCUUCUGCGCCUUCCUUCCUUCCCUCGAAGUGCUAUUGAUGCUGAGUUCUCACUCUUCAGUGAUCCUCAAGCUGGAAAGGAGCUAUUUGGUCUUGAUACUCUUCAAAAGAGUCUAUGGAUUAAGCUUCUGGAAGAGAUGUUUCUAGGAAUGCCCAGUGAAUUUCCUUGGGGAGAUGAAAUCAUGCUUUUUCUCAAUGUGUUUAAUGGAGCCUUGAUCUUACAUCCUGAAGACAGUGCCUUGCUCAGGCAAUAUGCCGCUACUGUCAUUAAUACAGCUGUACACUUCAACCAUCUUUUCUCUCUCAGUGGAUACCAGUGGAUCCUCCCUACCAUGCUGCAGGUGUAUGCUGAUUAUGAAAGUAACCCACAGCUGCGUCAAGCCAUUGAAUUUGCAUGUCAUCAAUUCUACAUUCUUCAUCGAAAGCCAUUUGUGCUACAAUUGUUUGCUAGUGUGGCACCUCUCCUAGAAUUUCCUGAUGCAGCCAAUAACGGGCCCAGUAAAGGUGUGUCAGCACAAUGCCUAUUUGACUUGCUGCAGUCUCUGGAGGGAGAAACCACAGAUAUAUUGGACAUCUUGGAGUUGGUGAAAGCAGAAAAGCCUCUGAAAUCAUUAGAUUUUUGCUAUGGGAAUGAGGAUCUGACUUUCUCUAUUAGUGAAGCCAUCAAACUCUGUGUGACUGUGGUAGCUUAUGCUCCAGAAUCAUUCCGAAGUCUUCAGAUGCUCAUGGUCUUAGAAGCCUUAGUUCCAUGUUACCUACAAAAGUUAAAAAGGCAGACGUCCCAAGUGGAAACAGUACCUGCUGCCCGAGAGGAGAUUGCAGCCACGGCUGCUCUGGCGACAUCCUUGCAGGCCCUCUUAUACAGUGUGGAAGUUCUCACCAGACCCAUGACAGCCCCUCAGAUGAGCAGGUGUGAUCAAGGCCAUAAAGGGACCACUACGGCUAACCACACUAUGUCAUCUGGAGUGAAUACAAGGUACCAGGAGCAAGGAGCGAAGCUACACUUUAUCAGGGAAAACCUACACUUAUUGGAGGAAGGGCAGGGUCUUCCCCGAGAGGAGCUGGAUGAACGAAUUGCUAGAGAGGAGUUCCGGAGACCUAGAGAAUCCCUACUAAAUAUUUGCACUGAGUUUUAUAAACACUGUGGACCAAGAUUAAAGAUCUUACAGAACUUGGCAGGCGAGCCUCGAGUCACUGCCUUGGAGCUACUAGAUGUUAAAUCUCAUAUGAGGUUGGCAGAAAUUGCACAUUCCCUUCUGAAGCUGGCACCUUAUGACACUCAGACGAUGGAAAGCCGGGGGCUCCGACGAUAUAUUAUGGAGAUGCUACCAAUCACUGAUUGGACUGCUGAAGCAGUGAGACCUGCUCUUAUCCUCAUCUUAAAGAGAUUGGAUCGUAUGUUUAAUAAAAUUCACAAGAUGCCUACCUUGAGGCGACAGGUUGAGUGGGAGCCUGCCAGCAAUUUGAUUGAAGGGGUUUGUUUGACACUUCAGAGGCAGCCAAUCAUAUCCUUCCUGCCUCACCUUAGGUCUCUGAUCAAUGUCUGUGUCAAUCUGGUGAUGGGAGUAGUAGGACCUUCCAGUGUUGCUGAUGGAUUACCCCUUCUUCAUCUCAGCCCUUAUCUCUCACCACCUCUGCCCUUCAGCACAGCUGUUGUCCGGCUUGUAGCAUUGCAGAUACAGGCUUUAAAAGAAGAUUUCCCCUUAAGCCAUGUGAUCUCCCCAUUCACCAAUCAGGAAAGAAGGGAAGGGAUGCUUUUAAAUCUGCUCAUCCCAUUUGUGCUCACAGUAGGAUCUGGAAGCAAAGAUAGCCCAUGGUUAGAGCAGCCUGAGGUCCUUCUGCUGCUCCAGACGGUUAUCAAUAUCCUCCUACCUCCUCGAAUCAUUAGUACAUCUCGCAGCAAGAACUUCAUGCUUGAGAGUUCUCCAGCCCAUUGCUCCACUCCUGGAGAUGCUGGGAAGGAUUUGCGCAGAGAAGGUCUGGCUGAGUCUACCAGCCAAGCUGCAUAUUUAGCUCUGAAGGUGAUUCUUGUUUGCUUUGAGAGACAGCUUGGCAGUCAGUGGUAUUGGCUCAGUCUACAAGUCAAAGAGAUGGCACUAAGAAAGGUGGGAGGGUUGGCUCUGUGGGACUUCCUUGACUUCAUCGUUCGAACUCGGAUUCCCAUCUUUGUUCUUCUGAGGCCCUUUAUUCAGUGUAAGCUUUUAGCUCAACCUGCUGAGAACCAUGAGGAGCUAUCUGCCCGACAACACAUUGCUGACCAGCUAGAGAGGCGCUUCAUCCCUAGGCCCUUGUGCAAGAGCUCUCUCAUUACCGAAUUCAACAGUGAACUUAAGAUUCUAAAAGAAGCUGUACACAGCGGGUCAGCCUACCAAGGGAAGACAUCCAUUAGCACAGUGGGCACUUCUACUUCUGCUUACCGCUUGAGCCUGGCUACCAUGUCCCGCUCCAACACUGGCACUGGCACUGUUUGGGAGCAGGACAGUGAGCCCUCCCAGCAAGCUUCACAAGAUACCCUGAGUCGUACUGAUGAGGAAGAUGAAGAAAAUGACUCGGUAAGCAUGCCCAGUGUGGUAAGUGAACAAGAAGCUUACCUCAUGAGUGCCAUUGGAAGGCGACGAUUCUCAAGUCAUGUCUCCAGCAUGUCUGCACCUCAAGCUGAGGUGGGCAUGUUGCCCAGUCAGAGUGAACCUAAUGUCCUCGAUGAUUCCCAGUGCCUGGCCGCUGAGGGCAGCCUCUCUAGGGUGGCAAGUAUACAAAGUGAACCUGGCCAACAGAAUCUCCUCAUUCAGCAACCACUGGGAAGGAAGAGAGGUCUGAGGCAGCUAAGGCGACCUCUUCUGUCUCGGCAAAAGACUCAGACGGAACCUCGAAGUCGUCAUGGAGCUAGACUCUCAACUACUCGCCGAAGCAUACAGCCUAAAACAAAGCCAACAGAUCAGAAACGAUCGGUGACCUUCACAGAAACUCAGCCUGAGACAGCAUCUUCCCCAGCAGACACCCUUCCUGCCACCACCCAGCAACAGUGUUGCAGCAAGAGCAGUCCUGGUCAGUCUGGUAAACCAGAAGUAGUGGAGAAACCAGUCCUCACAUCUUCCCCUGCCAUCAUAGUUGCUGAUCUCCAUGGCCAGAAUCCCUCCCAGAGUAAGGUCCAUCCAACUGAAGAGAAAGAAAAAGAAAAGGAAGAUGAUGCCGAAGGAGCGCAAGGAGCUGCAGCACACAGCCCCUCAUCUACCCAGCUUUCAGACACUGAAGAUUUUGCAGGUCUUGAGACCACAAGUUUGUUACAGCCUGAUGACACUAUUCUUCAUAUCAGUGAGGAAAAUGGGAUGGAGAAUCCCCUACUAACAAGCCAGUUCAGUUUUACUCAUAUUGAACUGGGGGAGACAGAUAUUGACCUAGAUGAGUCUCAUGUUUAAUUUUAGAUUUAGUAGGGAUUCAGGAAUUAGAAGAAUGAAUCAUCUUGCUGAAAGUCUCUAGUGAGAUUGGUGGCAAAUUGUCAUUAGCCAAUUAAAAAGCACCUUAUAUCUAUAAGAAGGCACAAAUCUAAGCAGUUUGCUGCCAAUCAAUAGAAUAUUUCAAAAAAAUAACAUAAAAUUGAUGAUUACCCUCAUUUGGUUUUGUGAAGAUCACAAAUACCACAGAAGAAUGGGAAAAUGAGCCAUUUCAAUACAUGUUAUUUGUGAUUCAUUAAGCCUUGAUCUGUUACAAAUGUACUGUAAAUAUCAGUUUAUCUAAGUUUAUCUAACAAAUUUAUUAAUAUAUUAUAACAAAGAAACCAGCCCUUUGAUGUUGGUCACAUUAACAUCUUACCUGACUUUUUUUUAUUUUUAUAGUUUCAAAAUAAAUAUAUGACUUAUUAAGGAGUGGCAACAUAUUUAAAAUGAAAUAAAAUAGUAGAAUCAAAUGCAAAUAGGAAAAAAAAGUCCACUGCUGAUUUUUCCUAGUCAAAAGUAAUAUCAUUGAGCAAAAUGGCAAUUUUUUUAGAGUUCAUAAUGCUUACUUUGUGUUGUUCCUUUUAUUAUAUUUGUAAAACUGAAAGCUACUGUCAUAAAAGCUUUCUAUCCAUUUAAAAAAAUAUAACUGGUUAUACAGCAUUAACAGUAGGGAGAGUUACAGUUUUUUACAAAGCUAAAAGUUGUUCAAAAAUAUAAAGACUGUAAUGAUAUGAAAGCCAAAUGUGGAAAAAACAGCUAAAAAAAAAAAAAAAAACAGCUGAUGAGAUCACCUAUAUAGCAAUUAUUACAUCAGUGCAUGGCAAUGGGGGCAAUUGGAAAUACAUGUUUAUUCUCAGGUAGUAACUGUUGCCCAUCCUCAAAGACUUAAUUCUCCUCUAGCUACUGUUAUUACUGUACUGAGUUUAUUAGAAUCAGCUUAAUAGCCAUUCCAUUAUGAUGUUAGUGAUCCCAAGUGCCCCUCAGAUUUAUACAUUCAUGAUACAAGAUAAAUCCCUACAAAUGAGAAAUUUUCUUCUCUAUAAGGCCCAGUCACAAGUUGUCCUUGUUCUUAUCAGCCCUAUUUGUGUGGCUUUCACAUGGGUCUUUAAUGUUCAAAGGAAUAUGAAAGAGAGGGAUUAUGACAAUCAGAUCCCUAACAAAUCAUCCUACUAUCAGAAGAUCAUAGGAUUAUGAAUCUCACAAUGCAAAACUGAAUUUAACUGUUUACAUUAGAAAAUAAUGCAUUUAUAAGGCAAAUCACAAACUCAUGCUUCUGUGAUCCUUUGACUUGUCAUACCUAAAUUAACAUGGUAUGUAAAUGCAAACUCUAAUCCUGAAAUUGAACAUAGACUUUAAUUACAUUACAAUGAAUUUUAAAUUAUUCUGUAUGUCUAUACUUCAUUUAUAUUGGUAAUAAACUAUAUCUGCAUAUACAGAGGAGGCCUAUUAAACCUAAAUCUAAUACAGAAAUAGUAUUCUUCUAUUCAAAGGCCUAAUUUAACUAGAAGGCCUAAAUAGGCCUAAAUUAUAUUUUGAAUGAUGUAAAAAUGUAAUUGAAAUUAUUCAUAGCCCUGAGCAAGAAUUCAGUGCAAUGAAUAAGUAUCUAUUGCUAAUAACUGUAAGAGACAAAUACCUACCUACACCUAGAUUAAGUAGAAUUUCAAAAAUUAGAGAGGCCAAAAGUACUUUUGUUCAUUUUACAGUAUUUUUCAUAUAGCUUGCACUUACUGCCAACUAACCCUCAAAUGCAGGUACAUAUCUAUUAUGAUGAUUUUGUGAAUCUCUCUAAGUAAGCUGGUAUAUUUCUGCUAUUUAGAAAAUAUGCUGCUGCUCAAUUAGUGUUAGGGGCCUUAUGUCUAUGUAAUUUCCAAGUGUCUGGGUCUGUGAGUGUCUUAAUGUAUGUGCAUGUUCCAGUCCAGUUUACUGAUUCAGAUUAGACAUAAUCAAACUUAAAUGUACAAGAGAGCAAAAAAAAAAAAAAAAAAAAAAAAGAAGGGGGAGAAAGAUGUUAAAGAAUGAUACUACUUUCAACAGGUGUCUUUCAAGUACAGUUUCAGAUAGUUAUGAAGGCACAGAGCUAAUUUUAAAAGUAACAUCAUACCUGUCUAUUUAUUAUCCAAUCCCUCCUCUACUCUUCUACUGUUGAAGUCUUUUAAAAGCUUCUUCAGUGUUUCAAAUAUCCGUAUAUUAGGUUUUAAAAAAAAAGCCCCUCUUCUGAGAAAUAUGGCCUUAUUCAGAGGGAGUGUUGUCCUAUUGGGACUAUAUCUCUGCUGCUGUCUGUAUCCAUGUUUUUUUCAGAUGCCCUUAAUUAUGUUGAAUGUUUAUGUGUUUGAGUAAAGUAUUUAUAUGUAUGUACAUAAAACUGUCACAGUUGUAUCUUCAGGAAUAUUAUUGUCUUGGAGUUUAUGGUGGGGGAGGGAAGAAAGGUGAAGAAAAUUAUAAAGAAUUUUUACCAUUUGCUUAAUGUUCAAAACAUUUGAAAGCAGGUGCUUUUACUGAAUGGAAAUCUAAAUGUUGUUUAUCUUGAAAGAAUAAACAGAAUAGCUUGUUGCUAAGUACAGGGAUCAUUUGUUAAAAAUUUCAUGUAUAUAAACAGUAAUUGAUUUAUAUUGGGGAAAAUAUAAUAAGAAGCCUCCACCGUGAAUAAAUCUUCAAAUUCAACAAAUUGCUUUCUAAAAUAACAUAAAAAGGUCCAAGUUUGAUGUGCUUUUCAGAGAACUUGGAAAUAUUUAUUCCAUAUUGAUAGAUGAAGGUUCAGAUCAAUUAAAUUUAAUUUAGCCAGUUAAAAUGUUGGCAUAGAUUGUUAAACAUUUUCUUAUAAAAAUCACCUACUUUCAAAUUAUGAAACAUUUGUCUCUCUCAUAUCAUGUCCUCCAGUGGUGUCAAACUCUAAUAAAAGCAGGGGCCACUAUACAUAAGGAUCCCUAUGGGCUUAUUGACUUAGUUUUUAAAUGUUACAUUAUCUAUAUUUUAUUGCAGUUUUAUUUGUUUUGUGAAAUAUUUCCUAAUUACAUUUUAUUAUGAUUCAGACUAUAUUGGGAGUAUUAUGGGUCACAUAUGGCCCAUGGGCUGAAUGUUUGUAACCUAUGAUGUACCUCAUAAUCUGUUGACUUGAUACUCUUUUAUAAAUGAGGAAAACAGUCACAGAAAAGGUUGUAGUAAUGCAUGUAGAGUUAUGCUGAUAAUAUAAACUUUACCACAAGUCAUCAAAAUAUAAUUAGGAAAACAUUCUGUGGGGCAUUAGUGCCAGGAUAAACCAAUAUGUUGAUUUGACUUGAUAGAAAGAACGUUGAAUUUUUAGGGUAGAUCCCAAUACAAACCUUUUGGUGAAACCAUCUUUUGAGCUUCAAUUUUUUCAUUGUAAAAUGGGAAGAAGAGUGAGAGUUAAAUUAUUUCUAAAUCCUAUGAUUCAGAGUUCCUAAUUUUAAGCCUUGAGCAGUUAUUACAGCCAUAACCACAUGGCCCUUGCUUUGAAAGAGGAACUCAUCCUCUCUAGUCAAUAAAGAUCAUUCUUCUGCUCUGCCAUCUGGUUCAGAAGACAGCAAAGAUAAAAGCAAGGUUCUGGGAGGAAGGGUCAUAAAAGGGUACAGUUUCAGCUCAAUGCACAGAUUAUCUCAAUUUAUAACAGAAACCAGAGGCCUCUGAAUCUUCUGCCUGGCUCCAUGAAUAAUGCUGCAGUCAACAUGACCAGCCUUUUACAAUUCCAUACUUAUUAUGAACACUAUUCUAGUAGUUUGUCCUCCUUAUUUGCCUCAGCUUCUAGUAUCAGCAAAUAGACUCACAUGUGAUGUUUCAGAAAGCUUUGAUUUUUCACUCAGGGGAAUAAGAGCAAGUUGAAGGUAGAGUGUACUUGAGUAGGUUUGAGAACAAUGUAUGUGUAUUAAAGAAUAGAUCACUGUCAGAUCACUGAACAGUUUGUCCCAGAGUAUUUUUUUAUAGUCAUUACAACAUAGGAUGAACAUUUUCCCAUUAGCCAUCUCAAAGGUUUAUGUUAGAGGUAAAAAAAGAAAGAGUAAAAUAAUUUAUUUUCCCCAAGAUGAAUAACUGUGAAGACUUGUAUAUUGAAUGACCAAAGAGCAUGGAUAUGAAGAAAUAUCAUGACAAAUAUCAUGACAAAUUAUGAAAGAUAUUAGAAUCUGUUGUUUGAACAUGCACAUAUAAUAAAGUAAUUAUAAAAGCACUUGAAA